AUGAGCUUCUCUCAUACAGACUUGAAGCUCAGCUAUGUAGCUAACUUCACGCCUAAUGUCGAGCCGUUUACUGUUCAUGUGAUGCAGGAGUUCCUCGACACGACGAAGCUGAAGGUGUCAUUAACCCGUUUUGUGGAGGAACUGGAGGAUCAGGUUCCUUUCACAGAUGGACCGCCUCGUCAAACAGCAGAGGCCGUUGCAAACCACUGGAAAGGCACAUAUGAUUGGCGUUCAGUGGAGGCCGAUAUCAAUUCAAGACUCAAGCAAUUUACCACCGUGCUUCAGACUCCCACUACAAACUACGCAGACCACAUCCCCUUGCACUUUGUCCACCACCGAUCACCUCGCCAGGAUGCCAUUCCGCUCCUAUUCGUGCACGGUUGGCCAGGAUCGUUCCUCGAAGUCGACAACAUUAUUGAACCGCUGACAAACCCAGCAGAUGAUAAUAUGCCCGCUUUCCACGUGGUGGCGCCAUCUAUUCCUGGAUAUGGAUUUAGUCCUUCACCUCGCAAGGUUGGCUAUGGCUAUCGACAAGCAGGUGCGACUUUCAAUGCAUUGAUGCUCAAGCUGGGUUACAGCAAGUAUGUCUUUCAAGGAGGUGAUGCUGGUGAUCUUAUCAACCGUUACAUGGCCGUUGACUUUCCCCAUAACGUUGUCUCGGGCCAUUCAAAUUUCUGGAUCAUCCCUCCCAAUGAGGAUGACUUAGAACGACACAAGCGAGGUGAGACGGACGAAGACGAGAACUAUCUCAUUGAACUGUAUAGCGGCUUCGUUGCGAGUGGUUGGGCGUACGGCCAAAUCCAACAGACUCGCCCUCUGAAACUGGCGGGUGCAAUGACUGAUAGCCCCGUGGGCCUCGCCAUGUGGAUCUAUGACUCAGUAGUUUCCGGAGUUCCUGAUCAAAGCAUUUGGACUCCAGACUUGAUCAUCACCUGGACAAUGAUGCACUGGAUCAACGGACCAUAUGGUGCUUUCAGCUUGUACAGAAAUGGUGCCAAGGACGGGGCAAUCUCGACGACAGGGAUUAAUCUUCUACCAUAUGUACAUCAACCGGUUGCGAUUUCCGAGUUCCCAUAUGACUUGUGGUAUCGGACGCCAUUAGACUGGGCUCGGCGUGGCGGCAAUGUGAAGAUCAGAACCGUACACCAGACUGGGGGCCAUUUCGCAAGUCUGACGAACCCAGACUUGCUAAUUCAAGACAUACGGCGUUUCUUCGCAGAUGGAGAGCUUUCGAGAACAAGCAUCUUCCACGCAAGUGCUUCAAAUACAGUAUCACCAUCGAAAUAG